CAUUUCAACACUGGAACCGCAUGUACAGUUUGUAAACCUUGGGACCAGUUGACCGGCCGACCGAACGCCCAAACUGACACCGAGUUGCUUGCUGACGCACUCACUGUCACUGACGUAGAUAGGCGCCGGCGAACUGCAGCCGCUAGCGGCUAAGGCCAAGGCUCACCGGCCAAAUCGCCGCCGCCGCGUGGCCUUCCCCACCAACCACUCCGGCGAGCUCGCUUUCUUCUCCACCGACUCCCACUAUGUCUGCUUUCCCUUUCCCCUCCCUCCCCCAAUAUAUCUCCUCCUCCUCCCCUCCUCGCCGUCGCGGCAACCAGUAAAAAUCCAAUCUUUUCCUCCUCCGUAGGCUGUUGACAGUCCAAUGUCUAGCUUCACUCACUUCAUCUCGCUUCCGUUGGGUAUCCACCCACAACUUGUUGAUAAGCUGAAUGAAUUCAAGAGGUCAAUCCUGACUUCUAAUGAAUAUAAAGCUGCAGGUUUCCGCAUCGACGAGUCAAUAUUUGCUAUUCCCGAAUCACUUCACCUAACGGUUCUUAUGUUGGAGCUAAAGGGUGAGAACAUUGCUAAGGCUUCCAGUGUGCUCCAGUCAGUAUCGGACAAACUAAUGGAAGCCUUGAAAAACAGACCUAUCUCCAUACAGCUUAGAGGUCUGGCAUGCAUGAAAGGCUCACCAGAUAAGGCCUGGGUAGUAUAUGCUCCUGUGCUGGAAGUUGGUGAACAGGGACGCCUACAACAAGUUUGCGACAUUAUAAUUGAUGCCUUUACCAGCUCAAACCUAGCACCUACAAGUGAUGAGAAGCGAGAACUGAAGUUGCACGCUACCGUGAUGAAUGCAAGGUUCAGGAAGGGCUACUGUCCGGAUGCUUCAUUUGAUGCUCGGAAGAUAUUCGAAAAAUACGCGGAACAUGAAUGGGGCGAAUAUCUCAUUCCCGAGAUUCAUCUUUGUCAGACACGCAGGUUUGAUGAAAGUGGACACUACUACUGCUGCUCUUCGCUUCCCUUGCCCGGGAAUAUGCAAGCGGAGCGAGCCUCGGAAUAACCAUUUCAUCCCCCAAGGAUGAAACUGCGGUUUACUAUUACUGAACCAAUAAUGUGCCAUUGUUGGUGUGGCAUUCUUGAGUGAGUGAGUUCAUAUAGGUCUUUUCUUUUGAUAGUGGAAUAAGCAGCCAUGCAUAAUCCUGUGUGGCAACUCUUCGGUUUUUUUUCCUUCUUAAUAUGAAGCAGGAGCUACCUGCACUCCUUUAUGAGGUUUAGUACCUCAAAAAUAAUCCUGUAUGGUGUUGUAAACCUGUUGUUGGUCUGGACCUUGUACAAUCACACUACUGCAAGUUUAUUUCUCUGUUGUUUUUACUAAUAUAUCUUCAGUUUGAACUCAUC